AACAUAUCAUCUCUUUUCCUUUCUCCUUUCUUAAAACCUUCCCUUCCAAAAUAUUCUUCAAUAUUUUCUUUUCAUAAUCUUUCAUCUUCCCUUUCAUUUCUUUGAACUUUCCUUCUCUCUUUCAUCUAAGAUUCUCAUCUUCUCAAUUCACACAACUUUUCUCUCACAUAUAAAUAACCAUAUUACAUAUUUAUUUUUAUUAUCCAUUAUGGAAGAACUACCUAUUGAUUUACCUCCUGGUUUUAGAUUCCACCCUAAUGAUGAUGAAAUAAUCACUUCUUAUUUGAUCAACAAAGUUUUGAAUAUAAACUUUAGUGCAAUUGCAAUUGGGGAAGUUGAUUUGAACAAGUGUGAGCCAUGGGAUUUACCUAAGAAAGCAAAGAUGGGAGAGAAAGAUUGGUAUUUCUUUAGUGAAAGAGAUAGAAAGUAUCCAACAGGGAGAAGAACAAAUAGAGCAACUGAGUUAGGUUAUUGGAAAGCUACUGGAAAAGAUAAAGAAAUCUAUAAAGGGAAAAGUAAACAACUUGUUGGAAUGAAGAAAACUCUUGUGUUCUAUAAAGGUAGAGCUCCAAAGGGAGUGAAAACUAAUUGGGUUAUGCAUGAGUUUAGAUUGGAUGGAAAAUUAGCAACUUGUAAUCUUCCUAAGGAUGCUAAGGAUGAAUGGGUUGUGUCAAGAAUCUUCAACAAGAACAACAAUGAAGUAAAAAAAACAUCAUCAGUUUCCAAUCUUUUGAGGAUAAACUCAAUAGGUGAUGAUUUAUUGGAUUUUUCCUCACUUCCAUCUCUCAUGGAUGAUACUCCUUUUGAAAUGAACAACAUCAUUGAUCAUGAUCAUGAUCAUCAUCAUGAUUUCAAAGAAACCAAUUCUUCAACAAAUGGUUACUAUUUUCCAAGCUACUUAAUCAACAAUGAAAUCAAUCUAACUAACCAAGAUAAUUUGAAUAUUCCAAAAACACCCUUGAAACAUAACAUGUUAUCGAAUGAUUCUUAUAUGAAUCAUCAAUGGAACAAAGAGUGCAAGAUGGAACUAUUGUCUACCAACAAUUCUUUGUUAAGUGUUUCACAAGACACAUGUUUGAGUAAUGAAAUGAAUAAUGACAUAUCUUCUGUGGUCUCAAAGCAAGAAACUAUGGGAAGGAAUGAAACUUUGUAUGAAGAUUUUGAAUAUUUGAUGAAUGGCUAUUGAAGAAAUAAUAUUCAAGAUAUGAACCAUGCACAUAUCAUAUAAUUCUUUAGAGUUUAGAGGUUAUUGGUUAUGCAUAUAUUGUAUAGAUUUAUGAAUAUUAUUAAGGUAUUUUAAAAGUUAUAUAGGUUUUUUAUUUAUUUAUAAUUAUAUAGGAGAAGGGUUUGAUCUUAUCUUUGUACACUUUCCUUUUAAUAUUAGCUAUUGUGAGUUUGUUUUA